AUGGAAUUGGGAGUCACCCAUAUCCUAAAUGCAGCUGCGCCGAAAAUGACCUGGUUGGGAAAACUAAAGCAGAAAGGACUAAAAGGAAAGAUCCUUACUGGACCGGAAUAUUAUGAAGGCAUGGACAUCAAAUAUUGUGGCUUGCCUACAACAUACGACCAAUUCCGGAUCAUCAAAUACUUCUGGCCAGCUGGCAAGUUCAUCAGAAAGGCCCUGAGAAAUCCAGACAAUGUCUUGUUUAUUCACUGCAAGCAUGGUGUCAGUCACGCGCCAACGCUGUUUGUAGCAUAUCUGAUGAUGUACUACAAAAUACCUCUGGAGGAAGCCAUGGGUUAUGUCACCAGGGCGAGGCGCAUCAGGCCCUUCUCAUCCUUUCUGCUUCAGUUGUCGUUACUCGAACCUAAGAAAAAGAAAGAGAAAGCUUCGGUUUGGAGAUCGGAGGUGAUGAUUCCUAACCGACCAAGGGGUGUAACUCCCAAAAUGGGACCGGCUGCAGGCGUGGGACCAAUCAAGUGUUCCAGCUCAAGUAAUGAACUGGCACAUGUGUAG